ACAUAUUGUAAAAAUGGCUAAAAACAAGAGGGUAAACAUCAAGGUAGAAGGUUCCAAAAAACCGAAAGUCAAUCGGUUGAAAAGUAUCAAAAAACAGGAGAAGGUAAACGUUAAACAAAAUAGCGAAAACAAAAGUAAAAAUCAACUCGUUGACAAUGUGAUGAGCCAAUUGAAAAACAAAAUGAACAGAAUGAGUGAAAUUGUUACAUUGGACAAGCAAAUUGUUGGGAAAAAAAGCAAUAACCGGGAUGUUGCAAAUAAACCAAGUUCUAACCAAAACGGAGGUUCUGGCAAGAAAAGAAACCGAAGAGCAAACAAGAAAAAAAAGAUCUUGGAAAAAUUGGUUGCCGGAAGUUUGAGUAGUGACAAGAAUAAAAGGCAAAAUUCUGUACAAAAGACCGGUGAUGGACAGAAGCAAGAAAAGAAAAAACAGAGAAGAAACAAAAAGGUAUUGGCUGUCAAUAAUGCAAACACCAAGCCUAAAGUGAAAAACGUAAAACAAGGAAAAAAUCAAGAUGUUUCAAAGGAUCUACGAAAGGGAUUAAACAUAGAUAUACUUAAAAAAAUGUUGAAAGAAAAGGAAAAUGAAACUCAAGUCAACAAAAAAUCUGAUCAAGCGAGAUCUGCUUCUCCUUUGUCAUUAAGAGAUAGAAUGAUGGCUCAGUUAAAAGCUUCUAGAUUUAGAUUCUUAAACGAGCAAAUGUACAAUAGCGAUAGUUCACAGAGUAAAAAGUUCUUUCAAGAUGAUCCUCAAGCUUUUUAUACUUAUCACGAAGGUUACAAAAGUCAGGUGGAUAAAUGGCCAGUAAAUCCAUUGGAUGUGAUUAUUGAUUCCAUCACAAAAAUGCCAAAGGAAUACGUGAUAGCAGAUUUUGGUUGUGGUGAUGCUAAACUGGCUGACUCCGUUCCACAGACAGUUCACUCUUUUGAUUUAGUAGCUGUUAAUGACAAAGUUAAAGCAUGUGACAUGGCUCAUACUCCUCUACUUAUUGGUCGUACCAACGUUGUCGUAUUUUGUCUAUCUCUAAUGGGUUCUAAUCUUGGAGAUUACAUAUUAGAAGCCAAUAGAGUUCUUGAAAAAAAUGGUAUCCUGAAAAUAGCAGAAGUUGAAAGUAGAUUUGAAAAAGUGGAUGAUUUUAUAAAAACUAUGACCAAGUAUGGAUUUGAUAAUACCUGGACAGAUUUAUCAAACAAUUUGUUUUACUUUAUGGAUUUUAAGAAGACAAAGGAUGUUUUGAAAAAGGAUGCAAACAAACUUCCAGCUUUGACUUUAAAAUCUUGUUUGUACAAAAAAAGAUGAAGAGUACAUUUCUCAACAUUUUUAUUAUUAAUGUAUGGUAAUACUUUUUAUAAAUA